UGUCACGCUUGUCACAAGCUUCACAUCACUUCACAUUAUAUUGCAUAGUUAUUAGUUAUAUUGUUUGUUCGCUCGCAAUGUUCGUCUUUCAUGAUCUUUAUACGGUUUUCAUGAAGUUUUAUUCAUAAAGUGCGAAGAGAUGAUUUAUAAAACUUACACUUAUGAUCUACAUGUGUUCUGGAAGCACUUCAGAAGUUGAUCCAGUUUAGUAGCUAAUAAUCGUUAACCUAAAUAGCUAAAAACCAAUAUGAGUCACAAAAAGUGUGAUCAACAUAACAAAACUACAUGAAUGUUGUUAUUUCCUUCUAAGAUAGACAAACAGUACUCCGAAAUGUACUCAGUGAAAGUAGAAUUGAACAAAAAUGACGUCUGUUAUGGGUGCUUAAGCUCCAAUCGGCAAUUGAAUAUAUUGAAGUGUCAUGUGCCUUUAUUCUACACAUUACUAGAACAACAAGUGGGUAAUGCCAAAAUUUUACUCUGCUGGGAAUGUAAAGCCAUUUUGGAGAAGAUAUGCAAGUUUAAAAAGCGAAUCCAACGGGCUCAGCAUGUACUCCAACAAACAUAUUUCACUGUGCAUGAGACACAGGAAAAAUUAUCAACAUUGUUGAUCACGAGAAAAGAUUCCUACGAUCGCAUGAUAUGUUAUGACGAGAACCAAUCAAAACCGUGUGACACAGAACUAGAAUAUGAAGUUCCAGUGGAGUUAGCCAAUAUCAUUGAAGAAAAUAAUGAAACAGAUGUGAAUAUCAAAGAAGAGUUAGUUGAUGAUCUAUAUGAUGAUUUAAAAUUUGAAAAUGAUAGCACAGAGGGAACUGAUGUCAGUACGCGGCCAACUAGAAAGUGUCAGCAAGAGAGAAAAAUGUGCGAAGAAAAUAUUGAUGUAGAUUAUAAACCACCAAUAUUGGAGAGAAAAGAGUCGAAUUAUUUUGCAAGAUAUAUGGAUAAGGUGACAAUAAGUAAUGGGAAUGUUGACGAGGAUAUAAAAAGGUAUUGUGGGAGGCUCACGUUGCAGGUAGAUCAGAUCGACGAGUUGCUGGAGAAAGAACAGCUUGAAAACCGUCCGGGAAUGAAGCGUGAUCGACCAUACAAGUGCAAAGAAUGUACAAUGGCAUACAGACGGGACAUUGACCUUAAAAGACAUAUUACUUUCAAACAUAUGGAUCGUACUGGCAGAGUUGUAUGUAAACAAUGCAAAAAAUCAUGUUCGGACUGGCAACUGUUGGAUGAUCAUUGGUCGCAAUACCAUAACAAAUAUUUCAAAUGCAUUCUGUGUGGGUUUACCUCGCCGUCGAACAAAGCGGUCGUGUAUCAUAUUGAUUCUGCGCACACCAAAAAAUUUAUGUGUAACACAUGCAAUGAUCAGUUUUGUACGAUGAAGCAGUUUAAGAAGCAUUACCAGGCGAAGCACGAACGUCUGGUCUGCGACGAUUGCGGGAAGACUUUCAUCAAGAGGAAAUCGUUCGAAACUCACUACAAACGUCACCACAUGCCGCCUACGUGCGAGGUCUGCAACAAGACGUACUCAACAUACCACAACCUCGAGAACCACUACCGUCUGAACCACCCGGAGUUCAUAAACUGCGAGAACAGACAAGAACUGGCGUAUUGCGUGGAGUGCAACAAACAAUUCCCUAGUGUGUAUAAAUAUAGGAGACAUUUGACGAGUGCAGCGGUACACACGCCGCCGAAGGUUGAGAUCGUGCCGUGUCCGGAAUGCGGCAAGGUGUUCUCUAGAAAGAUCCGAAUGACCAACCACGUGUUGGCUGUGCACAGGAAGAACACGAAACACAGAUGUGAUAUUUGCAAUAAGACAUUCUGCUCAGCGUAUUCAGCUAAGACCCACAGGAAGUACACACACGAGAAGGAACAAAAGCCGAAGAACAAAUUCUGUGAUAUAUGUGGCAGGGGAUUCAAUACGAAUCGAAUUCUAAACAACCACCGCCGCACGCACACCGGCGAGCGGCCGUAUUCGUGCCCGCACUGCCCGGCCACGUUCGCGCAGAGGGUCGCCAUGCGCACGCACGCCAAAACGCAGCACAAAAACUUGCUCCUCGACGCCGCGAACCAAGUUAUUAAUGGUGGAAUCUUUAUACAAAACAAAUUAACAUUUUACAAUUUGCAGGUUUUCUGUGUAAAAAUCAUGGAAGAAAUAUUUAUUGAUAAAGCAGUAUAUAACUAUCAGAUGUGCAAAGUUUGUUUAUCUUCAGACAGGACUCUGACUCCAUUAGGGAAAUAUCUAGAUUUAUUUACAAAAAUAUGUCCUAAGUUGAGAGCUGCUUACAAAACUGGGGAUGUUUUGUUAUGUUGGGAAUGUCAGAUGGUACUUCAAAAAGUAGAAAAGUUUCGGGUUAAAGUGAUUAAGGCACAAAGUUUUUUUAAAACUGCUGGCACGACAGCAGAUAAUGAACUGAACCAAUCCAGCUUCAAUUUGUCCAGCCUACAAAUAGUUUUAAAAACAAAUAUAAACUAUUAUUUUGAAGAAGAGUUUACUCAACCUAGUGAGGUUAUCGAAGUUGAAUCAAUAAAGAAGGAAAGCUACGAUUCAAAUUAUGUCAAUAUAUAUUGCGAAAACAAUAUUCCCGAUGACAAAACAGAAAUUAUCAACGACGUUAUAAAAGAAGAGAAGAUUGACAUCAAUGAGGAAAUUUUAAACAAUCUAUUUGACAUAGACACAGAAUUCAAAGGGGAAAUCGAUGAUGACGAUCGUUAUGGUGAUUUAGUAUGUUUUGAUGUCCCGAAGACGAAGAAAAAGAAGAAGAAAGUUAAGAAACCAAAGAAUGAACAUCAAGGUCGUCCGUAUAUCAUUGUGUAUAACAGUACAGACGGAGUAAAAAGAUCGGCCGAAUAUAGGUCGCCUGUUGUUAGUCAAAUAUAUGACAAGGUAGCUAUAGAAAUGCCAGAAUUGAUGUCGCUAAGAGAGAAGGAGAAGAACAUGAAGCAUUAUGUGAAAAUGGAAUAUAAAUGUGAGCUGUGUAUAUCUGGGUUUUCAAAUCUAACCACAUACAAGGCACAUAUGAUUACUCACAAUAGGAGGUACGCUCAAAGCGAGUGUAUGGUAUGCCGCCAGCAGUUCACAGACAAAAGGUAUAUGGACAUACAUUAUGAGCAACAUAAGUUCAAAUAUGUGUGUAGAGUGUGCGGGGAGACUUACCUGUCAAAGCGAUAUAUGCAUACCCAUGUUAGACAUGCGCACGAUAAGGCAUAUGCUUGUAAGGAGUGCGGGGAACAGUUCAGCAAUGCAAAAGAAGUGAUAAUCCAUCGCAAAAAGCACCGAGAGUUUAUAUGUGAUCACUGCGGCAAGAAAACGUCAAAUAAACACCUUAUUGAGAAGCAUAUUAUAAUGCGACACUUGCCACACAAAUGUGAAACUUGCAACGUAACCUUUAAAAGCAACCACACGAAACAGAACCACAUACGCGAGCAACACGUGAAGACAAGGACGGAAGAGGCCUUCUGCGUGGAAUGUAACAUGCAGUUUGACAACGUGCUCAUAUACAAGAGGCAUUUGAAGAGUAGUGUCAAACAUAACCCUAAGAGCAAUGUCAAGUACCCGUGUCCGGAAUGCAACAAGCUGUUCAACAAGAAGAUGAACAUGAAGUACCACUACAGCUAUUUCCAUACGGACCGGACCAACUUCUAUUGUGAAAUGUGUGCAAAGUAUUUCCUGAACAACUAUCAGCUGCGCCGUCACAAGUCUGUGUUCCACGACAAAAUUAAACCGGUGAAAAAUAAAUUUUGUCCUCACUGCGGAAGAGGUUUCUCGGAGCGUCGCGUGCUGAACAACCACAUCCGCACGCACACGGGCGAGCGGCCGUACGCGUGUGCGCUGUGCUCGGCCACGUUCACGCAGGCGUACCCGCUCACCACGCACAUGCGCGCUGUGCACAAGGUCGGCGGGCUUAGGAAGACUAGUACAAAAUAAUGUUUACACUUUAUGUAUGCUGCGUAUAAUUUCUGACGCAAAAUGUGCAUAUCGCAGUGUCAAAGAGGGUAGUGAAAAAAAAUGCAAAUUAAAAAAAAAAAACAUUCCAAAAAUAUUUUGAAAAUAAUAAUGAAAUGUAAUAUUCUUGAAUUUGUCCACAGUAGUCUUAUCUUAACCGUUGAGAGUUUGAGACCAUACCGGUUUAAGAGUGUACCGAGCGCACACUGGGACAUCCAUCAAAUUUUUAUCAAUUUAUUUUAAACAGAAGCAAAUUUUAAAUAUAUGUCUCGGACUAUUUAUGCUUCCCUAAACAAAGGACUGCAUUAAAAAGUAUUGUGUUGUUAUAUUGGACACAGUUGCCACAAUCUACUAAACCGAACAUGGUGGCCACUAAAGUCAGUUUAGUAAAUUGUGACUACAUA